AUGGUCGCCGCCGCGCUCACUGAGCGUGCCCGCCGGACGGCCUCCCUCGCCGGCGCCACGCCCUCCGUCUUCCUGCUCGUGCCGCAGUUCUUCCUCGUCGGCGCCGGGGAGGCCUUCACCUACGUCGGCCAGCUCGACUUCUUCCUGCGCGAGUGCCCCAGGGGAAUGAAGACCACGAGCACGGGGCUCUUCCUCAGCACGCUCUCGCUCGGCUUCUUCUUCAGCACCACCAUCGUCAGCGCCGUGCACGCUGUCACCACCUCAGGCGCAGGCGGGCGGAGGUCCUGGCACACCGACGACCUCGACCAGGGCAGCCUCCACAAAUUCUACUGGCUGCUGGCCGCCAUCAUCGCCGUCAACCUGCUGGCCUUCGUGGCCGUGGCCAGGGGAUACGUCUACAAGGAGAAGCGCCUGGCGGAGGCGGGCAUCCACCUCGUCGCCCACGAUGACGACGUCCUCGUCCAUGCCUCAACUGCUGCUGAAUGA